AUUAGGCGACCCACCGACAACAUUUGGACACUAUUUAAGUUUGUCAAGACCACCCAGCGACUGUUUGGAGCUUUUUAUGUCCACCAUGACACAUUUAACUGUGCGCGAGCCGUACUGUAAAUGCGUUUCACCGGUUAGGGAGCGGAAGUGAGAGAAGGGAGAAGUUGUUAGGGGAUAUAGGAAAAAUAAACCUCUCAAAAAAGUGAUUUUCCCAAGACAAGUUCAAGUCAAAUUUCGUCUUUCUGGAAGAAGGGUGGCCCUGGAGAGUUUGGGGGGCAUGGACACCCACGUUAAGGAGGGACAACUUUAUGUGCAGCAUCAAAAGUUUGGAAAGAAAUGGAAGAAGAACUGGUUCGUCCUCUACCCUGCCAGCCAGAAUGGCAUCGCCCGCCUCGAGUUCUACGACUCACCCUCGGGUGGAGGGGGCGGCGCUGGCGGAGGCUCGGGAAGCGGGUCCAAUGAGAAAACCAGGAAGCUUGACAAGAAGAUCAUCCGCUUGUCUGAGUGCAUUUCCAUUCUGCCGGCGCUGACAGAGAGCUGUCCCAAAGAAAACAUGGCAGCCUUCUGUGUGGAGACCAACGACAAGACACACGUGUUCGCUGCAGAGAAGACCACCUCCAAGGACUGGAUGGAUACCAUGUGUGACAUCGCAUUUCAGGGAGGAGGCGGCAGCAGCAACACCACUACUGCAGACUCUAAUGGAGGAGGCCAGGACCUGCAGAUGUCUGAAAACCUCAUCUACUACUCCAGAGAGGAGGUGAACGAGUUCUGGGUGAGUGUGCAGCGUACCGAGGCAUCAGAGCGCUGCGGGUUGGCAGGCAGCUACUGGCUGAAAGCAGAAAACGACGUCUUAAUCUUGAAGGAUCCAAAGACCAAGAGGAAUGUUCUGGUGUGGCCCUACAAGCUGCUGCGGAGAUACGGGCGAGACCGGGUGAUGUUUUCAUUCGAGGCGGGGCGACGCUGCGACUCGGGCCCUGGUAACUUCACCUUUGAGACCAAGCAAGGCAACGAGAUCUUCACACUGGUGGACCAGGCCAUCCAGUCGCAGAAGGUGCUAGCUGAGGAGCGCCACCUCAGCUUGAACUUUGACCCAGACUGCCCGGCGUCGCUGCAGCACAUACGUAACGCCAUUCCAAGCAGCGUGACAGCAGGAAGCGGAGACAGCAGCAGCUGCAGCAGUCGGGAGGCGGACGGCGAUUCAGGUGGCAGCAAACCGGGUUCUGCUGACGGUGUGCUCGGAAAGAGAGAGGGUGGAGACGGAGGAGGAGGAAGGGGACAAGGCACAGCAGGAGGACUCAAAGGGAGGAGUUUACCAGAACCACCAGCCAUGCUGGGGGUUUUGGGAGUUGCCCCUCCAAAGUCUCCUAGGGGACAAGCGGCAGCUAAAGGUCUUUCCUCAGCUGACGAACAUGCAGGUCUUUACUCUGAGCCAGCAGAUUCAGUCCGCCUGCCUCAGAACAGUGCUGACUCCCUCUACUCCGACCCAGUGGACAGCAUCAAAGGUCAAAGCAACCCAUCCACCCCUCCGGUGCCCAACCCACGCCUCCGACCAGUAGGAGACGAGGUUUCGGGAGGUGCUGAUGCCCAUGGAGGCAGCAACCACAGGAAGCCACCAGACCUAUACUCGCACGUGUAUGACCGGAUCAGCCUGGAGCUGAGCCAGAAAGCAAGCUUGUUGAAUCUAAACGGGGCCACAGGGGGAGGAAGAGGGGUGAACAGUAACAGGCGACCCCAAGGAGUUCAAGCAGAAGGGGCUUCAUUACCUCCUGCUCCUCAUCUGGAGCACAUAUAUGAUGAGCCUGAGGGUUGCGCCAAAGGAGGCGCAACCAUGUCCACUAGUUCAGGGAUGAGUAUUUAUGAUGAGGCACGUUUGGAGCCCCACAGUCAGAGGAGACAGGAAGAGGUGACGGAGGGAAACUACAGCACCCCCUCUCACGGGAAGCCAUCGGAAUCUAACAGACACUCACCUCCGCAGCUGGGCCCGAGCCGUGGCACGCCGCAACCUCCGACUCCGAAGUGGCCCAAACCUGUCACCGCACCCAAGCCGGGCAGGAGCGCAUUUGCUCGGAAGGAGCCGGUGCCACUGCCCCCAGGGAAACAUGGAGGUCCAAAUGUGAACAACAACAACAAUUUAUGGCGAGGAGGAGGAGACAGGGGGAAGGAGCUGUACAGCAAAGUGUCCAAGCAGAAACCUCCAUCUGCUAAUUCGUGGUACCACCAGGCGCCACUGAGAUCACCUGAUAUCAUCUAUGACAACUUAGGAGAUAUCUGACAUCAUUUUCGUCAGGAAAUGAAAUGUUUCACCUUUGUGAAAAGAAGAGAAUGCAGAAAACUUGCAGUCUUAAUACAGACCGAGCACAUUUCUCCCAUCUGUGGACUGGCAUAAUGAUUCGAGACAGUCGAUUCAUUCGGAGUAGAUUAGCUCACAACUAUGAGAAAACCACAUUACGGCUGCAUUUUGAAACAUGGAGUGCCACUAAUGCAGGGCCACCCUCUGUGUGUGUGUGUGUUUGAAAAAGAGAGAGUGAGUGUUUGCAUGGUCAAACCCAUAACUGGAGUACCAAGCCACAGUGUGGUUGGAACCAGCCACUUCACUUGAACACACACACACACACACACACACACACACAGAAACCGUACGGAUUUGCCAAAAGGAGCCCGGCCUACAGGCUUCACUUUAACGAGCUGAGAGAGCGGCUUGGCUCGUCUUAUAGAAAAUGUCUGCCAUGCUUAUGAAGUGACUGGGAAACAAUGUUUUUGCACUGCUUAUGUUUGGAGUAUCUCUGAGGCUAGGACUUUACCAAAAGGAGCUUUUUCUGUUUGCGUUUUCUGGACUGAUUAUUGUCUUUUACAACAAUUUUUAGCCCAGGACACUAAUAUGUGACGUAGUUGCAUCUCAGGAUGCACUAAAUGGAAAACAUUGUUGCUACUGUUUGGGGGACGCAUAAAAAGCGGGACUGGGUCUUUGAAACAGACAUAAAUGGGUCCUAAAGAGGUCAUGGGAUCAUAUGAUCCUCAUGUGAAUUACAGAGACCACCUUCUGCACAAGAUAAUAUUAUUGAAUCCUUUCUGUUUUUUUGAACAGACAAACUAGAUAUGAAACUAAUCAAUCCCUUGCAAUGUGUCGGUAUGUGUACGUAUGCGCCAGAAACAGCUGUGCUGUCUGUAAAUAUAACUAAUAAUAAAAAAUAGCUCCAAAAAGUUCUAAAAAA